UCCCUCCCCCCCGGUACCACACCUCCUCCCUACUCCCGAGCAGAGCGAGCCGCCCGAGCCCACACUCGCGCCCGCUCCGCUCCCCAGCCCCCUGCGGAUGCGCGAAGAGGAUGGAGGCAGGGUACCCGGAGCCGGCAAACUCUCCAACCAGAGCCUGCGCCCUGGGCUUCUGCUAAACUGACCCAAGAAGGAAAAUCGAAGAAGCCUCCAACAAAAUCCACCCCACCCCUUCCCUCCCUCCCUCCCCACACCCACUCCAGUAGUCAAGCUCCCACCCAACUAGCAGGAUUGUGGUUUAUUUGGGGGGGGGGGCUGGGACGGAGGACAGAUAGGCUGCAGUUGAACCUUGGCUCUUGCUCCUGCUCCGGCACCCAUCCACCGGCCGCCCAGAAUGAAGAAGAUGAGCAACAUUUAUGAAUCAGCUGCCAAUACACUGGGAAUCUUUAAUAGUCCCUGCCUGACAAAAGUUGAGCUGCGGGUAGCGUGCAAGGGUAUUUCUGACAGAGAUGCCCUUUCGAAGCCAGACCCCUGUGUCAUCCUCAAAAUGCAGUCCCACGGGCAGUGGUUUGAGGUGGACCGAACAGAAGUGAUUCGAACUUGCAUCAACCCCGUUUUCUCUAAGUUGUUUACGGUGGACUUUUACUUCGAAGAAGUACAGAGACUACGGUUCGAAGUCCACGAUAUCAGCAGCAAUCACAAUGGACUGAAGGAAGCCGACUUUCUUGGUGGCAUGGAGUGUACUCUCGGACAGAUCGUUUCACAGAGGAAGCUGUCCAAAUCCUUACUGAAGCAUGGAAACACUGCAGGAAAAUCUUCCAUAACGGUGAUUGCUGAGGAGCUUUCUGGUAAUGAUGACUAUGUCGAACUGGCAUUCAAUGCACGGAAAUUGGAUGACAAGGAUUUCUUCAGUAAGUCUGAUCCUUUUCUGGAAAUCUUCCGUAUGAAUGAUGAUGCUACUCAACAGCUUGUACACAGGACUGAGGUUGUGAUGAAUAACUUAAGCCCGGCUUGGAAAUCAUUCAAAGUUUCUGUAAAUUCCCUGUGCAGUGGAGACCAGGAUCGUCGACUGAAGUGCAUCGUCUGGGACUGGGACUCCAAUGGCAAACAUGACUUCAUUGGAGAAUUUACCUCGACAUUCAAGGAGAUGAGAGGAGCAAUGGAAGGAAAACAAGUCCAGUGGGAGUGCAUAAACCCAAAGUAUAAAGCCAAGAAGAAGAACUACAAGAACUCGGGCAUGGUUAUUCUGAACCAAUGCAAGAUCCACAAGAUGCAUUCCUUCUUAGAUUACAUCAUGGGGGGAUGCCAAAUCCAGUUUACAGUAGCAAUAGACUUCACUGCAUCAAAUGGGGACCCCAGGAACAGCUGUUCUCUGCACUAUAUCCAUCCCUAUCAACCCAAUGAAUACCUGAAAGCCUUGGUAGCUGUCGGGGAGAUCUGCCAAGACUAUGACAGUGACAAAAUGUUUCCAGCUUUUGGUUUUGGAGCCAGGAUACCUCCAGAAUACACGGUCUCUCACGACUUUGCAAUUAAUUUUAAUGAAGACAACCCAGAGUGUGCAGGAAUACAAGGAGUUGUAGAAGCCUAUCAGAGCUGCCUCCCUAAGCUACAACUCUAUGGGCCGACAAACAUUGCCCCUAUCAUCCAAAAGGUGGCCAAGUCUGCAUCCGAGGAGACCAACACCAAGGAGGCAUCGCAAUAUUUCAUCCUGCUGAUCCUGACAGACGGCGUGAUCACAGACAUGGCCGACACCAGGGAGGCCAUCGUCCACGCUUCCCACCUCCCCAUGUCGGUCAUUAUAGUCGGGGUUGGCAAUGCCGAUUUCAGCGAUAUGCAGAUGUUGGAUGGGGACGAUGGGAUCCUGAGGUCCCCCAAAGGAGAGCCUGUCCUUCGAGACAUUGUCCAGUUUGUGCCAUUCAGGAACUUUAAGCACGCGUCUCCAGCUGCACUUGCAAAGAGUGUUUUGGCUGAAGUUCCAAAUCAAGUUGUGGACUAUUACAACGGCAAAGGAAUUAAACCAAAGUGUUCCUCAGAUAUGUAUGAGUCUUCCAGGACACUAGCACCAUGAACUUCUCCACACACUUUUACAGAGUUCUCAAAUAUUAUUCCUGCUAAUACAUAAUAUUCCUACUACUCCAGUACUUAAAAAAAUAAAAUAAAAUAGCACGUUUUGGUGAUUUUUAACUGACAUUUUUUUCUGCAUGUGUAGCCCCAAGGCUUGGAUCUGUUAAGCAGUUGUAUUGUUGAAGACUUUUUAUGAAGAAAAAAAAUUACUCUUUACAUUACAGCAUGUCGCCUUGAAAUAAAAUGGUAACUGUAUCUGUUUUUUAUACAGGUUUGUUGAAAUUUUGCUAAAUUUCUUAUUAUCUUUACACUGUAAAGCAUUUUGAAACAUUUAUUGAGCAUCGAUAACCACAACAACAACAACAAAAAAAAAAACUAUUUGGUUUUCUCUGCUAAAGGAUGAAAGUUUUUUUCAAAAUGGCAGAUGCAUGGACUGUAUUUUGCAUGUUUCCAAUAAAAAUAAUACCAUUUUGCAGUUGUUGUCUAUGAUUCUUCCCUGCCAAGAUCGGUUUGUUCUUGCCAGGCUCUGCUUGGGGAAGGGAGUGACAUACAGAGGCAAGAUUUCAGGAAGUAGCCCUGGGUCUUCUAGAAGACUUUGAGGGUUGAAUAGAAAGAUCAGUUCAAACAGGACAUUUCUAUACUGCUUAAGAAAUGCACCAUCUCUAUACUAGUAGCAGAAUUACCAUAGCAAACUACAAAGGUUUGAGAAUAAAGGAGACUGACUCCACCACUGACUGACUGAGUUCACACUACAACUUCUCAUUGUUUCAUUACUAUACCUUUUACUAUAGAGAAGUAUGGCCCAAGUCCUCUCCCCCAUGUUACCUAAACUGCAGGAAGGGCUCUAUUUUUAUGUUGGCCCCUAGAAACUAUUGUGUGGAUCUCAAUGGAUCUUGCUAAUUCAACUCACAGAAAAUGAGGCUUCUAAUAGUACUUCAAAGCCUAUACGGGGUAGCAGGGAUCCUUCUGCCUCAUUCUCCCUAGCUUGGAUAUAUUUAUGAGGUCUCUAAAUUGGUUUUGCUCUUUUACUCAUAGUGCCAAAUUCUGUUUUAAUAUAUUAUCUAAAAGAAUCAAGAUGCUUGGGUUUGGAGGUUAGGAUAAUGCUUCCUUGAUUUUUAAUCUGGACUGUUUUUAGCCAAAAAAUUUAAAUGUUUCAUUUCUAUAAAUCUCACGGAUUCACCAUAUCUAAAUUUGAAUCCCAGCUCUUCCAUGAACCGCUAUGUGAUUUGGGGCAAGUCAGCCUCUUAGGCCUCAGUUUUCCUCAACUAUAAAAUGAGACAUUAAGACCUUAUGGCCAAUGAGAUCUCUUCCAACUGGAUCUAUUCCUCUCUUGCAUGGAUAGAAAGGGCAGGUGCUUUAUAAGCAUACAGAGUAGAAAGUGCAAAUGCUUUUCCUUUGGAAGGAUGAGGAAAUACAUUUCAAGUCUAUAUUAAGCAUUGUUUAUUAUUUGUUGUACAUGUUUUGGUUUGUUGUUUUUUUUUUUUUUUUUAAUGGGUAAAUCAGAGACCUUGUGUGACCUACAAUGUCUUCAUGGUAGCUCCUAACUCUGCAAAUACAUGUCAGCCAAAGGCACAACAUUUUGGGAAUGAUGGUGAAAUGUUUGACUGAAAAAAAUAACAUAAAUAUUUAAACUGUAUUGUUUUAUGAAUAAAUUGGGUACUACAAUA